GGUAUCGGACCGGAAAAGGAAACAGGCGCGAGGCAGGACCGAGGAUCUGCUAGUGGAACCGUUGUUCUAGUUGAUGGAUGAGGUGCUUACUUGGUGUCCUGUUAGUACUUUUUCGGAGCCCCCCCGGCAAGGAUGAGAAGACUGGAAUGAAUGCUUAGACCCAGGCAGCGCAGCGUGGAAGGAUUACGGUUGUGAAAGUGUAGUAAAUUCCACCAUCUGAGGUUGGAUAGCAAAAAAACAUCCAGUGAUCUACAGAAUGUCUGCUAAAUUUUGCGCCUACCUUUUGUGAUCAAAGACAACAUAUUAUCAACAUGGCUGGCAUUGUUGAACAAAGAUUGGAUCGCUUCUUCGAAAAUAGCAUAUUAUUAGCAGAAGACUGGUAGUGCAAGUCAAUGGGAAAGUACUUACUUAACAUCUCCUACGAGAAGAGCUCUUUUGUUUAGUUCUAAGAACGUAAAAAAAGAUCAAUUCACAAAGCGAAAGGUGAUACACAAUCGCACUGAUAAUGCGACAGUGAACAAGAAACAAUAUAAAUUCUGAAGUCACAUAAAAGUUGCAGCGAGAUACGGGGAAGUUGGAUCAAAUAAAAAAGAGAGAAAAAACCGAACACAAACUAUGCUACACAGGCGACGAUUGCCGGCUAGUGGCAGUCCAUUGUGGUCCUCGAUAUUGGCCCUGGUCGUGUUGCUACCGGUCGAUGGAACCGGAAACCGAACGUCCAGCUUGCCGGCGCUAUCGGCAUCAUCAUCAGCUUCCUCGAAGAGCACCGCUAAGUGGGUCACCGGGGGUUUGCAGUUUGCAGCUGCCGCCGUUGCCAGUGCGGAAGUCGGCACCGGAAGCGGAAGUGUAGAAGUGACAGCAUUUAAUGACGCUGCGGCGGCCGAUGGGGGAAAAGUUUCGGCUUCGGAGUUUCUACCGGCUGCAGGAAAUUUGGUGGGCGGAAGUGCCGAAGGAAUUGGUAAAGGAUACCAUAAAGGGCCACCCCCGACGACGAUGCCUCCCUGCACCCGGACCGUGUUCAACUCCAGCCGGAUCCGGAACGGCAGCAUAGCCCCGUCCCACUCGAAGCACUCCGGACUGUUUCCGUCAGCCAUCUGCUAUCAGUACGAGUUCGUUGGCCAGGGAGCGGAACGCAUCCAGAUCAUCUUCUCGGAGUUUCGACUUCCCUCAAAGUUUGAACCGACCGAGUGUGGCGAAACGGACAUUCUAAUGGUGCUGUUCCGGACGGGCGGUCGAGACGAUCUGGUGGAGACGCUCUGCGGGGACAUCCUGCCCAAACCGAUCCUGUCCAGCGGGGAUCGGCUGCUGCUGGAAUUCCGGAGCAGUUUCAACAACACCGAAAACAAGGGCUUUACGGCGGAUUUUUUCUUCGUUACCAAUUUUGGCAUUCCGUCUGGUUAUCAACCGAAAGCUACGGAGUGUAACUUUCACUAUUUCAAAAACGCAACCAACCAGGGCUGGAUUCAGUCACCCAACUUUCCGGGGGCAUAUCCAAGGAAUAUCCGGUGCAAUUACUUCUUCUACGGUGAUCCGCACGAUUAUGUCCUGGUUCGGUUCACCUACUUCGACAUCGAGGGAAUCGCACCAUGUGACGAGCGAAGUGCGAGCGAUUGGGUGGAAUUCUCUAACUUCCUGACCCGGGACCGGAAGUUUGGCCUGUACUGCGGUUUGCGACGGGACAUGAUGAUCCGAUCGGAUGGGCGCUUCUUCCGGGUAACGUUGGUGACAAACGACCGGCUGGAUGGAACCGGAUUCCGGGCCCUGUACGCUUUCGAGACCAUGAACGGUGCCGUAGGGAUGCUUGCCGGUCCCGGAAUGGGUCACAGUGGCCUCGGAGGGGCCAGCAAUACGGCCCUCGGGGGAUUGGUUGGGGCAGCCGGAGUACCCUACAUAUUCCAACAGCAGGCUCCCUCGGCUGUAACGACGGAACGCAGCAGUUCGGCCACGGUGGCCAAGGUGACCAGCAUAGGCAAACGGAUGGGGAGCGGAACCAGUCGAAGAUUUGAUCACACGAUUUGGACCUUUCUCAUCACGAUAGCAUCUCCGGUGCUGGCAGCUGUGACUUUCCCAGCGGGAAAACUGCUGUCAAUCGAAACCGUCAAAUAUCGUGGCCACCAUCAGUGAUGAAAACCGCCCGGAGGGUAUGCAACCAGUGAGGGCCGAUGCAUCGAUCCGGUUUAGCAAGAGUGUGAACGCGAACCGAGCUGAGAGUGAGCUGUACCUAUGAGCUUUGUAAAAAUGCAAUUGGACGCGAUGUGUGGUUUAUUUUUACAUCUGAAACACAGACCAACCGGUGGAGAACCGAGGCUAGCAUCAACGUUCAGCAGCGAAAUGAUGUUUUAUUUCGAGGGAAAAAAAUUGGCUACCCAUUUUUCCUUCUCCAAAGAAGCUUCACUUGUAAUCCUCGUCUGAAGCGUCAGCAAAACAAACACAACCGCACAUUCUUUGUACAUAGAAGGAUUAAGUUUAGGGACACUUUUAUAUUCUGUGCAACAUAAAAAAGCAAAAUGUAUGGGGACCCGAACAAAUGUAGCCGGAGAGCUUUUCUGUUUGGGCAACAUCAACUGAACUGUCUUGCAGUAUUUAAUGAAUACACUUUACAGCACACGAAAGGAUUCCCGCUGUUUUGUUUGGAAGGACACACGGGGUGGCAGACAGGCAGCAGAAGUAGGUAAACAAUGGACCGGAAAGAGAUGGUUCUGUAGCCAGAACUAACACUGUGCCAAACACCAGCUGGCUCCAAGAUUAGUGAGAGCUGCCUCUAGAAAAUAUUCAUCUAGAUUGGGACCCUUUGGGUUGGGGUUACGGUUCGGUAUCGUUGGAUUGAAAAUAAAUUUUCUAUAAGUUUUUA